AAAAAAAAACCUCUGACGUCAUAUUUAGUGGCCGGAAACAGUGAACGGGCUUCGUGUCCGCUGAGCAGAAUGGCCGGGUUACUGAAGAAGACGACUGGCCUGGUCGGCCUGGCGGUGUCUCAGAACCCACACGAGCGUCUGAGGGUUCUUUACUCGAAGAUCCUGGCAUCCCUGCAGACCAUGCCGCAGGACGCCGCCUACAGGAAGUACACGGAGCAGCUGGUCAGCGAGCGGUUCAACCACGUGAAAACGGAACCCGACGUGGAGACGCUGGAGAAGAAAAUCAACUGCGGUCAGAUUGAAGAAGUCAUUUUCCAGGCGGAGUGUGAGCUGGCUCUGUCCAGGAAGAUGUUGGACUGGAAGCCAUGGGAGCCGCUGGUGGAGGAGCCUCCACCCAACCAGUGGAAGUGGCCCAUCUGAACCGUCAUACUUUCGGUGUGUGUGUGUGUGUGUGUGUGUGUGCUUCUAAUCUAAUGAAUAAAGAAAAGUUCUGCUCAGAA